AGCAGCAGCAGCAGCAAAGGAUUGGAUGCCUGCAGGAGAAAAUUCGGUGCAGCUGCUUCUAAGCGGCAGCACUGAGAUCAGAGCCGGCUCAGAAGAGGGAAAGGAGCCUUCGGCUCAGGCAGGGAGGGAGCCUUCCUUGCAUCCGGGACAUCACGAAAGAGAAGGAGGGGGGAGAAGUGAAAAGUUGAAGGACCGAACCCUGCCCAAAUAAUCAGGGGAUGAAUCCAGCGCAAACUGCCGUGGAGACUUGAGGAGUGCCGAGGGAAGGACCGGUGCGACCGGUGUAGAACUUCUGGAAAAUUGAAUAUCUCGCUGGAAACUCAAACCCACAAGGUGGAAGCAGAAGAUGGCGUGUGUGUUUGGCCCCUUCCUUUCCAAAUUUCACACCGGCAAGCUCUUCUCGCACCAAGAAUUCCAGUAGGCAAAGCUGGAGAACUGUCCACCCUCUAGGAAAACUUCAUCCCAUCUCUUGGAAGGUCUUCUCCAUCUCGUCCCACCAGUUCAGGUGAGGCAACCACCUGAUCCCCGAAAGGACAUGUAAGAACUUCUGUCUUAUGCUCCCAAGGCCACCUCCAUUCAAUCUCCUGUUUCCUGGAAGUGGGCACCACUUUGGGAAAAACCCACCUCGGCCACUAUCUUCUCCCCUAACUUGAGGUGCUCCAUUUUGAAUGGACAGAAAAGGGAGAGGAGGAAAUUAAGGAAUUGAGACGCCCGGUUUGAUCUUCCUGAAGAUGUCCGAUCAGGAGAUUGACGACUACGAAGGGGACAACUUCUCCGACACGUCCCACACCAUCCAAACUCUCCCACCUUACAACAUGGAGGACCAGCUCCUGCCCAUGGAGCGCCGUAGCACCUGUGGCUGUUGGGCCUGGACUUGCUUGGUGGGGGCAAUGAACUCUUUGGCUUUUCUCCUGAACUUCCUUCUGAUGGCUGCCAUCUUUUCAGUGGUCCUUUUGCCCGCCAUCGUCGUGGUCUAUUUCGGAUUCCAGUGUCACUCCCGGGUGCUCCACUCGACUGCCUACUACUGCCAGACCAUCCUGGACGACAACAGCUCUUCGGCCUUGAUCAUCCUGGGCUUCGUCAUCAUGUCUCCCCUCAUCGUGGUCUCCAUGGCUCUCUACUGCAGCCUGGCCCGGCGCCUGCACCUCUUCCUCUGCUUCCAACCGUGCGCCCGGGCCGUGUACAAAGGCGUGAAGUGGCGGUGGUACGAAGAAGGGGGGCUGUGCGGGUGUGCGAAGGAGUGGAACCACCAAGUCAAGGCUUGGGUCUGAGAUGCUCCUCCCAGCCUCUCCGUGCAGCUUGGUUAUUUUCAGUGGGGGGCACCAAGGAAGAGCAGUGAUAGUAACCCACCGCCAUGUUGUUUUCCCGCGGGCUCUUUGUGCUAAGGAGUAGCUGGGCUAAAGGCCUCCCUGGAUUUCAAGGCAGCUUUGGGCUAGAUAAUCCCAUCGGGGUGUGUCUGUUAUUUUUCAUUGUGAGCUGCACAAGGGGCGGGGCCGAAGCAGUGGUGGGUGGGGCUGGAGCCCAAGUGGGUGGGAGUAUUCCAUUCCCACCUAAUUCACUUCAUCGGUUCAUGCGAAGACUUCGAUUCUCCGAUUUGGUUUUCCUGCAACUUCGCUUACUUUGUGAUUCAUACAUUUUAGGUGAAUUUAUGGAGUCAAUGUGUGCCACAAACCCAGAAAAUGGAUUAAUUCAGGAUAAGUGUCCGAAUGCACACAGUGUUGUUAGGUGAGAUAACCCAGGAGCAAAUACAGUAAACAGAGGUUUGUAAUAAUAAAUAGUGGUUUAUCUCUACAAAAGAAUAUAUACAUACACAUACUAGGCAAAAGUCAAACAAUCAGCAAUUUACAGCAUGGAAGCACACUUGGAGAGAGAGAGAUACACCCUCACAGGGCCUCUCUUAUAAUACAGCCUCUUAAAGUGGUAACAGUCAAAUAACUCUGCUGACUCAUUCCUCAUCAUUGCAUCCUCAUUACAGCAUUACGGCAGCUGGUCAGCUAUUAAAUCGUCAUUAUCCUGACAAUAAGGUAGGAUGUCCCCUGGUUGCAACCAUCCUCAAUUUCACGCCCUAGUUUGCAGGUUGAUGAGCGAUCCUUCUUUUCAAUACAUUUUUUUAAAAAAUUAAGAGAUAGUUAGUUACCUCUUAAAAUGCGGGACGUCAACUAGCAGUCACAAGACACGAUGAAAACGCAUCACUCUCACAAACAAGGCAACAUUGGCGACUCUAAGGGUCUCUUAAGAUUCCCUCAGAUGGAAAAUAUCCAAGGAGGCUCCGUUCAGGGGUGGUAUUCACCUACCUUCGCUACCAGUUCGCAAAUGUGAGCGGGUGUGCCACUUCCGUACAUGCGCACAGCCUUCCGUGCAUGUGCUUUGCUUGCACUCGCGCGUUCCGCGUAUGCGCACGGCCUCAAAAACAUGCCUAAAUAGGACGGCAUAGAUCCAGGGCGGGUGGGCAUGCCCACCUGCAAUUUCUGCUACCACUUUGCUCGAACCGGUCUGAACCAGCUGAAUACCACCUCUGCAGCAUAGGGGGAAGAGUCAGCCCCCCCCUUUUCCCCAAUGUAGGGUUUAAUCCAAAAUUUUAUCCCAAUUAGCAAGAGUUGCCUCGCCCUCAGGCCCUCCGUCGGCCGCAGCAGCUUCCGUGUUUCGCUGUGUGCUGCGUUGGGGUCACAUCCCGCUCCAAACCCAGCUGGUUUUCGUGGCUUCCAGCUGAUUUGAUGCGCCAGCUCAUGAAUGCAGUGAAGACUGGCGCAGCGGCAGGGAGGCAGGGACAUGGCACGUCACCUCUGCAUUCGCAACUACACGAGGUGUAGUUGAAACGCGCCCAAAUGUUUCCUGAAUCGCUGAGCCAGCUACAUUUUCGCUUGGCAGUCCAGCUGUGCCCUCGCCGAUGUCUUGUGGCUAUCCUUAAAAUGGGAACCGGGGUGUAAUAUUUCUGAAACCCGUCAUUGUUGGGCAAAGAGAUGCUUCCUGUAAUGCACCGAUUGUGAGCUCCACGGAGUGGUGUUUCUGGCUACUCUUCUUCCUGUCCUGUGUAACUCUUCCAGCUGCUGUUGUGUAUCAGUAUUGUGGGGACACCACAGACGAUGCCCGAUGCUCCUACGCUGUCUAGCUAGAUAUUAAAGAUUCUUUUAAAAUA